AUGCGAAACCUUUUCUUCUUCAUUUCAUUUCAUGCGGCUCUUGGAGAGAUUGAACUAAUCCCAGUGAAAGAAGGUCGCGAGAUAAACUUCCCGCUUCGGAAUUUUAAUUCAGCGGAGUUGAGCGAUCUCUCCUACAUCACCCUCAAAGACGACUCAGGGAAAUUCUAUUUCAGAGGGAGUGUCUCAAAUGGAAGGAUCGACCAACAUUCAAGCAGCGAGUUCAUGCACUCUGGAAACAAGCUCACGAGAUCCAACGCACAAUUGUCGGACGAAAAGAAAUAUGUGAUCACCUACAUGGCGACUCAAGAAGUUGAGGAUGAAUUCGAAAUCGUUAUUUUGCAAGCACCGACCGUGCAAAUAGAUAAGAAGUUUACGGGCGACUAUGUGACACACAGCGCCGAUCCCAUUUUCUUGGCCACUUGUACAGCUGUCGGUGGGAAACCUGCUCAAUCUACUGUGGAAUGGUCUGUUCGGGGCAGAGAUAUGCAGCUGCGAAAGAUUCCUGGAGCAGAAGGAAAGAAUUCAGCAGACUUGAAAUUGCCCGUGGAGAAGGAGUUUCUUGAAGACUUGUUUUUCGUUUGCCAUGUGCAGCACGAAGCAGUAGACAAUCCUAUUAGCGAGGAUUUCGUUGUCCCACUCAAGUUCAAGCCGUUUACUCCCAUUUUCGACAUCCGAUCGGUAGUGUGUUCCUCGGACGGAUCAGCUAUCGAGCAGAUUUCUGUCGAUUGUUCUGAUAAUAGAGAAUAUCAAGCAAAACCAAGUGUCACUGGCUACGAUAUAACGCUGCCAAAUAAUGUGAUGAAAAGCCUAAAAGAACUGACGCUUACUCUGUACGAAAUGGGCAUCUACGAGACGCAAAGCUAUUCAACUGCUGUUUUGCGGUGCACUACGAGCAAUAGCAUUGGCAAAUCCACUUCCGCUAGUAUCAACUUGGGCGACGCUUACGAUGAGCAUUGUCGCUCGAUGGGCGGAGCUAGCUUCAAUGUCCUAAUCGUCGUCAUCGUUCUUAUUCUCAUAAUUAUUAUUGUGGUCGGCACUCUGACCUGGGUCUUCCGGGAACAAAUCAAGGCGAAAUUCGCAAAGGAGCCAGUCGAUUACGACCCAGCGGAAGAACGAAGUAGCAUCACUCCGCCGCCAAACUAUCCGGCGGCGCGUCUCAAUUCAGGAGUGUCAUUAGUUGGUGGAACCCUGAAACGAGAUAAUGGAGGGACACUGCGCUCCGAUAGUGGCAACGCUCGACUAAUUGUGCGUGAUGAAAGUGACUACGUCGACACAGUCGACGAUCGCUACGCAGACGAAGAGAUCCACUUCGACCCCAGGCGAACCAUUCCUGUCUAA